AUGUACGUAGAAGCAGGUACGGAAGCAGGUACAGAGCAGCAGGUUCAGAGCAGCAGGUUCAGAGCAGCAGGUACAGAGAAGCAGGUACAGAGCAGCAGGUACGCUAGCAGGUACGGCAGGUAUGGAAGCAAGUACAGAGAAGCAGUUACGGAGCAGGUACGGAAGCAGGUACAUAGAAGCAGGUACGGUAGCAGGAACGGGGGCAGGUACAGAGUAGCAGGCACGGAAGCAGGUACGGAAGCAGAUACAGAGCAGCAGGUACGUAUCAGGUACAAGUGUAGCAAGUACGGUAACAGGCGCAGAAUAACUGGUACGGUAAAGACACGGAGAAACAGGUACGAUAGUAAGUACAGAGUUGCAACUACGGUAGCAGAAUACCAAUUAGAUACAUACUGUUACUCAAUCAGACAAAACACAUCCGGUUAUCGUUCGAAAGGCUGUCCUUCAGGAAAGUACUAUGAUGAAGAGACUAAUGGAAAGAGGAAAUGUAGAAAAUGUGUUAUUUGCCCUAAAGGCUACACAGAACAUUUGCCAUGUUCCAAGACGACGAACAGGUCUUGUAAACCAUGUGAAAUUGGGACUACUUUCACUGACAAACGUGAAGGAAUUUGCCGGAACUGCACUGAGUGUCAACGAGGUCAGUUUGUCAGCAGACAAUGUUUGCCGUUUAAAGAUACUAGGUGUAAAAUUUGUCCUAAUGGAACGUAUUCCUUAGACCGGAAAGGUUUUGGGUGUAAAUACUGCUCGGUUUGCAAAGAACAUGAAGAAGAAGUAUCGCCUUGUACACCACUGCAGAAUCGGGAAUGUAGUUUAAAAGAAGAUUAUACAUUCGGCACGACCAACCCUUGGAAUACUGGGCCAGAAUAUAACAAGGAUUUUAACUUUUCCACACGGCUCGUCCUCCUCUCUCUCUUAAUGGUUCCAUAUCUAAUCAAACUUUUAAUACUUCCGUCUAUGUGCGGCCAAGAGAAGUACUUUAACAACUACAUAAACGUAUGGGGACAGUGCAAGAAGUGUCGACCCUGUGCUUAGGGCUUUGUUGAAGUGUCACCAUGUAAUAAGAAUGAGAAUACCAGGUGCCGACCUUGUCCACCAGGGACAUAUAAUGAUAUUAGAAACGGUGUUUGCAAAAACUGCACUGUUUGUGACAAAGGUUACUUCGUAAGAAAACCAUGCCUACCGUGUAAAGACACAAGAUGCCGCAAAUGUCCUGACGGGACUUUCUCUGUUGAUGGAACUAGAUGGGCAUGUAAAUAUUGUAAAACUUGCAGCGAAAUUCAGGACGAGAUUUUACCUUGCACAACGGAAAACGAUCAAGUAUGCACAAAAAAUAGUCAGAUGGACUCCGCACAAUCUGAAGUAAUUAGCAUAGAGACAUAAGUUGCAGACAAUGAUGAAUUUAACACCCAUACCCGAUUGGUUCUGGUUGCCACUUGCACAACGAUUUUAUUUGCCUUCUUAAUUGUCCUUCUCGCUUGGACGUUACAAACAUAUCGCCAUUUUGCCGACCGGUAUCAGUUGACGCAGUGUAAAAUUUGUGUCCUUUAACACGUGGCCUAUCCAAUUAGUAUUCGUUUAUAGCCUACUCAUUUCAUGGAAUAGUUCCUCAUUUUCAUAAUCGACAAAGAAACAAGGUACUGAAUGUUGAAGUUAAAAUGCUUUUUUUCGGCGGUGGUUCAAUAAAUUAUUGUUUCAGGCUAUAAUGUUUUCGCUGGUUACUGUAUAUAUAUUUAAUGCGACAGAUAAUGCCAUAUUUUCACACCUAACUGAAUGCUGUUUUUAUUCCUGUGUCCAUUGUUAUGAUGUAUCUGUGUAUAUUAUAUAUCUGUAUAAACAUGUGCGUGCUUUUGUAGGUAUCAAAGUUCUUUGAAGGUGUAUGUGUAUAUGUUGUUAAAUUAUACAUAACAUAUCAAUAUCCAUUGUGCUAGCAAGUCGAUAUAUCGAAUGAUUUCGGUCAAAUGAGGUAUCAAUCAUAUAACGCUAAACAAACAAGUAAGUAAUUAAAACAGAUACCAUUCAUAUAUGUUUUGUUAUAUAG